AGCAAGUGCGCAAGCACCCCCCCGGUGCACUCAACCACACGCAUCAUGCCGCGCCGCUGCUUGCUCACUCCCACUAGCAGCAGCAGCAGCCGCAGCCGCAGCAGCAGCUCCUGCCGCCGCGCCAUGCGCUCGCCGCCUCCGCCUCCCGCGCACUGACCGCCGCCGCACCGACACACCCACAGGCAGGCAGGCAGGCAGGCAGACACCGCCGCGAGACCACCAUGCGCCCGCCCCGCCGGCCGCGGCCCCCGUCCCCGGCGCAAACGCCAGCUCCGUCCCCCGCGUCGCCCUCUCGCGACGCCAGCCAUUCGCCGCCUUCUCCCUACGCGGCGGCGUUCGCGCCCUCCCCAGGCCCUUCGCCGGGCCCGGGUGCAGGUCCCGCGCCGGAGCCGUCCGCGGCGGCGGCGCCGCUCGCGGGCGGCGGGAGGCGGGCGGGCGGGAGCCUGAGCCCGCCGCUCAUCGCGAUGCUGGCGGUGGUGGGCGCGGCGCUGCUGGUGGUGCUGUACGCACGCCUGGUGAGCCGGGUGUUCCGCGCGGCGCGGCGGCGGUGGCGCCGGCGCCGGCUGCGGCUGCUCAUGGCCCCGGGCGGCGGCUCCUUCUCCCCCUCCUCCGCGCGCGGCGGGGACGGCUCCUUCGCGUCCUUCACCACCUACGACAACUACUACCACACCUUCUCGCCCUACUGCGGCCUCGACGACGCCGCCAUCAAGUCGCUCCCCUCGGCGCAGUACCUCGCGGCCGCGGCGGCGCGCGGGUCGGGGGCGUCCAGAGAGUGCGCCGUGUGCCUGCUCGAGUUCGCGGACGGCGACGAGCUCCGCGCGCUGCCGCUGUGCGCGCACGCCUUCCACGCCGACUGCAUCGACGUCUGGCUCCGCGCGCACGCCUCCUGCCCGCUCUGCCGCGCCGCCGUCGCGCUCCCGCCGCCCGUCGCGUCGCCGCUCCACCGCGCGGCGCGGCGGGUGCGGCCCAGCCUCGACGACCUCCUCUUCUUCCACCCGGUCCCGCCGGCCCCGCCCGACGGCGCCGGGCCCGAGAUUGCGCCGGCCAGCCCGGACCAGCUCCGAGGCGCCAGGGACUUCCUGCUCAAGCGCUCCUACUCCUUCGGCUUCGAGCGCAGCCUCGCCGUGGAGGCCGCGUCCACGGCCUCCCCUCCCUGGCGCUACCGCGCGUCCGCCGCCGCCGACGGCGCCACCUCCCGCGGCCGCAGCUUCUGGAGCAAGCGCUGGCCGUCCCCGUUCGGCGGCGGCGGGGGCGGGGGCGGGGGCUCCGCGGCCGGCUCAACCGCCGCCCGCGUCUUCUCCUUCCGCUCCUACCGCUCCGCGGCGGGCAAGUCGUCCCCCUUCUCCCGCCGGCGCGCCCACGGCGGGGCCGGGAGCGGGUUCUUCAUGUCGCUGGCGUCGGAGCCCCCCUCCAUCCUGGCCGCGGCGAGGCGGAGCCGCGCGGCCGCCGCGGCGUCCAGCCGGCUCCGGUGCGGGGACCCCGAGGCGCUGCUCUCGCCGGACCGGCUCAGCCGCUGACCCCCGUCCCGCCCCGCCGCCGGUGACGCCCACCGCGCCGCGGUGAGCGGAUCUCGCGGCGGUGGGCGGUGGGCCUGGCGCCCGCGUGGAGGCGGGGGCGGGGCAGUAAUGGCGCGAUUAAAUGCGAGUCCCUGCCGCGGUUUUAAUGGCGGGAGGACGUGCGCCCAGAGCGAGCCGUGUCGCUUCCCGCAGCAGGCCCGCUGUCUCCACGCAACAGUGUCGCUGCUUCGGCUUGCCGCCGGCUUCAUCUUUGAAAUUUUGGCUCCUCUCUCCCCGUCUCCUCCGGCCGGCCGUUUGACUUGUGACCAAGCGCGUGUACAUGGUGGUGGAAGGUGGUGCGGCGUAGGCCGUCCGAUCAGAAAACGACGGCGUCCGGCGGUUGGCCGGAGCCGUCGUUUUCUCGCCGGACGGCUCAUCGGAGGGGGCGGAUGACCACGGUUCCAUCGGUCUGGAUGGACCGUCUGUCUCUUGGCUCUGGUGUUUUGUCUCGUGUGUAUUCCGAACUGUGUCUCAAUGGUGUUAUUUAAGUAUCGAAAAAUGGUGUUAUUAAUUACAGCUUGUUGUAAUAAGUUAGUAAAAGUAGUUCCGAUCUCUUGUUACGGUGGGCAUUUUUUUCACGCGCAAGUGAUUAGCUCAUGCAUGUCUCAAUGAGUGAAUACAGUAGCGUCGGCGAAGAACCCAUUGUUUACAGUACACUUUACAUUAACCAUAACAAUUUUGACUA